AUGGACAGAUCAUAAAUUACGCUGGAAUCCUGAUGAAUAUGGUGGAAUUCAUUCCAUUAAAGUUCCAUCUGAAUCUCUCUGGCUUCCGGACAUAGUUCUCUUUGAAAAUGCUGAUGGACGUUUCGAAGGCUCCCUCAUGACCAAAGUCAUAGUGAAAUCUAAUGGGACCGUCAUUUGGACCCCUCCUGCCAGUUAUAAAAGUUCGUGCACCAUGGACGUCACAUUUUUCCCAUUUGACCGGCAGAACUGCUCCAUGAAGUUUGGGUCCUGGACGUACGAUGGCACCAUGGUUGACCUCAUUUUGAUCAAUGAAAAUGUUGACAGAAAAGACUUCUUUGAUAAUGGAGAAUGGGAAAUACUAAAUGCAAAAGGGAUGAAGGGAAACAGAAGAGACGGUUUAUAUUCAUAUCCAUUCAUCACUUAUUCCUUCGUCCUGCGCCGCCUGCCUCUGUUCUACACCCUCUUCCUGAUAAUCCCCUGCCUGGGGCUCUCUUUUCUAACGGUUCUCGUGUUCUACUUACCUUCUGACGAAGGAGAAAAACUUUCCUUAUCAACCUCUGUUUUGGUUUCCCUGACAGUCUUUCUUUUAGUAAUUGAGGAAAUAAUUCCAUCUUCUUCAAAGGUCAUUCCUCUCAUCGGAGAAUACCUAUUGUUCAUUAUGAUUUUCGUUACCCUGUCGAUUAUUGUUACCGUGUUUGUCAUUAAUGUUCACCACAGAUCUUCAUCAACUUACCAUCCUAUGGCCCCUUGGGUUAAGAGGCUAUUUCUGCAAAAGCUUCCUAAAUUACUUUGCAUGAAGGACCACGUGGAUCGCUACUCUUUACCAGAUAAAGACGAGAGUAAACCAGUAGUGAAAAGCAAAGUCCUAGAAAAAAAGAAACAAAAACACGUUAGUGAUGGAGAAAAAGUCCUGGUUGCUUUCUUGGAAAAGGCAGCUGAUUCCAUUAGAUACAUCUCAAGGCAUGUGAAGAAAGAACAUUUUAUUAGCCAGGUAGUACAAGACUGGAAAUUUGUAGCUCAGGUUCUCGACCGCAUCUUCCUGUGGCUCUUUCUGAUAGUGUCAGUUACAGGCUCGGCUCUCAUUUUUACCCCGGCUUUGAAGAUGUGGCUACACAGUUACCACUAG